AUGGGUAACCUACUCGGCAGGCUCAACAUCAGCGGCUUUGAUGCGCAAGCAUAUUUGAACGAAAACGCCGACAAUACAUCGAAUUUGCCAAAUAUAGCUAUUGCAGCUUCCGGAGGUGGCUACAGGGCAAUGCUCAACGGCGCUGGUGCAGUGGCUGCUUUUGACUCUCGAACAGAGAACUCGACUGGGCCGGGUCAACUUGGUGGCCUCUUGCAAUCUGCUACUUACUUCUCCGGACUGAGCGGGGGUUCUUGGCUCGUGGGAUCUAUCUAUAUCAAUAAUUUCACCAGCAUUGACGCGAUACUAGGUGAUAACACAAGCGGUUUGUGGGAUUUGGAGCACUCGAUCCUUCAGGGGCCGGCAACAGUCUCGGACUACUACAGGCAACUCAUGGACGCUGUCGGCGGUAAAACCGAUGCUGGAUUCAACGAUUCGAUUACCGACUACUGGGGUCGAGCAUUAUCAUAUCAGCUCGUUAAUGCAACAGAUGGAGGGCCAGCCUAUACUUGGUCCUCAAUAGCCCUGCAGCCGGAAUUUGUGGACGGGAAAAUGCCGAUGCCAAUUAUCAUCGCAGAUGAACGUGCACCAGGCCAGCUUGCAAUAGCUCCGAAUACCACAGUCUUCGAGUUCAAUCCUUGGGAGCUUGGAACCUUCGAUCCAACUACUUACGGCUUUGCUCCCUUGGAAUACCUUGGGUCGAGCUUCUCUGCUGGCACGCUUCCUCAGAACGAGGAAUGCGUUCGGGGAUUCGACAACGCCGGGUUCAUAAUGGGGACAUCAUCUUCAUUGUUCAACCAAGGCUUUCUGCUAAUCAAUGGUACGAACGACACCAACGUCUUAACAAAUGCUGUAACGGCCAUUCUUGAGCAAAUUGGGGACGAUAACAACGACAUCUCACUUUAUGGGCCCAACCCGUUCUACUAUUACCACAACGAAACCAACGCUAAUGCACAAUCACCGACACUCUAUUUAGUUGAUGGGGGCGAAGAUCUCCAGAACAUCCCCCUGCACCCUCUUAUCCAACCCCCACGGUCUGUUGACAUAAUAUUCGCCAUCGACAGCUCAGCAGAUACCCAAACUUCCUGGCCAAAUGGGACAAGUAUGGUUGCGACUUACCGGCGCAGUCUCGAUCCAACCGGUAUUGCUAAUGGUACUGUCUUUCCCUCAGUUCCGGAUCAGAGCUCAUUCGUCAACCUCGGGCUAAAUACGCGACCAACCUUCUUCGGCUGUGACUCGAGCAAUAUGACGGGACCUAGUCCUCUGAUCGUUUACAUUCCGAACUUUCCGUACUCCUAUCUAUCUAAUGUCUCAACGUUUGAUCUGCAGUACAACACCACAGAGCGCAACAGCAUUAUCCAAAAUGGCUACAACGUGGUGACUAUGGCAAAUGGUACAACUGAUAUGGAGUGGCCGGCCUGUGUAGGCUGUGCUAUCCUUAGCAGAAGUCUCGAGAAGACAGGUACGGACAUUCCAAGGGUAUGCCAGCAGUGCUUCACUAGGUAUUGCUGGAACGGUACCAUCAACAGCACGCAACCUCUGCCGUACAGCCCCGAGGUUGCUCUGACAGCCGAUGCAGAGAGCGAGACAGCAAAGCUGACUACGAGUCUGACUACGCUAAUUGUCAUAUGUGCAUUCGUGAUGAGACUUCACGCCGUCUUCUAG